AUGGCGGGAACAGUCUGCGGGGAGUUCCGUGCAGGAACGGCGCGGCCAGUCCGGCGUAGCUGCGGCCGGGAUUUUGAAAGAGCUGGAACGCGCCUCCCCUCCCCCUGCCCGUCGCGUCGCCUCCCCUCCCUCUGCCCGUCGCGUUCCCCUCCCCUCCUCCUGCCCGUCGCGUCCCGUCGCCUCCCCCCUGCCCGUCGCGUCGCCUCCCCUCCCUCUGCCCGUCGCGUUCCCCUCCCCUCCUCCUGCCCGUCGCGUACCGUCGCCUCCCCCUGCCCGUCGCUUCGCCUCCCCUCCCCCUGCCCGUCGCGUUCCCCUCCCCUCCUCCUGCCCGUCGCGUCCCGUCGCCUCCCCCUGCCCGUCGCGUCGCCUCCCCUCCCCCUGCCCGUCGCGUUCCCCUCCCCUCCUCCUGCCCGUCGCGUACCGUCGCCUCCCCCUGCCCGUCGCGUCGCCUCCCCUCCCCCUGCCCGUCGCUUUCCCCUCCCCUCCUCCUGCCCGUCGCGUACCGUCGCCUCCCCCUGCCCGUCGCGUCGCCUCCCCUCCCCCUGCCCGUUGCGUUCCCCUCCCCUCCUCCUGCCCGUCGCGUACCGUCGCCUCCCCCUGCCCGUCGCGUCGCUUCCCCUCCCCCUGCCCGUCGCGUUCCCCUCCCCUCCUCCUGCCCGACGCGUCCCGUCGCCUCCCCCUGCCCGUCGCGUCGCCUCCCCUCCCCCUGCCCGUCGCGUUCCCCUUCCCUCCUCCUGCCCGUCGUGUACCGUCGCCUCCCCCUGCCCGUCGCGUCGCCUCCCCUCCCCCUGCCCGUCGCUUUCCCCUCCCCUCCUCCUGCCCGUCGCGUACCGUCGCCUCCCCCUGCCCGUCGCGUCGCCUCCCCUCCCCGUCGUGUUCACUCCCCUCCCCCUGCCCUAA